AUGACGUCCAGAUCUAUGUUCCUUCCCCGUCUCUCAUUGUCUCGUUCCGAAAGCCCCGGCAUCCCUUUCCACAACCCAAUAAGCCCCACCAUCCGCAAGAAGCCGAGCGAGCACGAUAUGGAUGACCUGUCACCACGACCCGAUGACAGUUUGUUGCCCUCCGAGGGCUCCCGAAAUCGCAGACAAAUCUCGCCAUCGAUCGACCAUAGCACGAGCGAUCGGGCUAGUAGUGUUGGUUCGGCUUCCAAAUCCAAGCCCAACGCCCCGGUUCUCUUCCACGGUCCUCCUCCCCCCAUCGCCACGUCCCGGAUACUCUAUAGGGAUGAGGAGGAGCCACAGUCAUACCGCCCGUUCGACACAGCGGCAUCUACUGCUCGAAAUGUUGGCGGCGUACUAUUCGACCGCCAGGACGGCUCCUCAGCCCACACAAGAGGGCGUGAUGCGGUAAACUACAACGAGUAUGAGCCGGAUGCAGUGUGGCGCAACCUUCACCACCGGGAACGCCAGCUUCAGAAGGAGCUCCAGAAUAUCCUGGAUGUCCAGUCAGCGUGCCUAUCAGCCCAAGUUGGGAGAGCAGGGUCUACAGGAAGCCCUCAGGCCAGUGAUGCAGGCACCACCACCCCUACAAGCACAUUACACGCUAGCACCAAUUCCAUGUCUACAGCACGCCGGGUAAGCUUUGCUCAGACUACAACAACACACACGGGACACGUGAUACCGGUGAGACAACCCAAGACGAAGCGUCCAUCUAUACGCGAAGCUCGUACAGGACUUGCUAGGCACAUGACACUCCUGGCAGAUCUAAAAGCAGAGGAGGACGCCAAUCUGACUGCCGCUCUGUCAACGAGGAAGCGUGCUCUUGCCCAGCUGCGGAAGCUAUGCCGGCAACGGGAGGAGAUCACCGGCGAGUUGGAGAAGAUCGAGCAAGACGAAGAGGAGCCUCUUGCACAGGAGAUCAGGGAGCUGACAGAAGAACGGAGUAAUGUGGCAAGUGAGAUAAAAGAGUUGGAAGGGAGGCUGGUUGGCUUGCGGAACAGAAAAAGGUACCUGGAUGCCAAGGUGGCCGAUGUGGAGAGCAAGAGGGACGCAGGUCUGAGUGGCUAUCGUGGGGCUCUGAAGGAUGUGGAUGGGAAACUGGGCGGGAUCCUGACGAGACCCAGUGUCAAACCACUGGACUUGGAGGGUGUGAUUGGGCCUGGUCAACCAGUGGAUAGGGGAUCGCAUUUGUCAGGAUUGGAGUUUCUGAGGCUAAGACCGGAGAGGAGGACGCCUGAGAUGGCCAAGGAGUGGUGGGAGGGCGAGGUUUCAUUGCUCACGGCGAGGAAAGCUGAUGUUGAUAGGGAACGGUUAGCCUUGGAAGAGGGUGUGGAAGUGUGGAGGGAGACGUUGCAAUUGGUGGACAAGUUUGAGUUGAGCGUGGCAGCGGUAAUGAAACACUGGGCAGGCAAACACGAUAACGACGAGGCGAAUCGGGAGUGGGUCAAGGCCAUGUCGGACGUGCUUGGUGACAUGAAGGGUGUCAUUGCUGAUAUGGAGGGGAAGCUCCGGUUGGUGGAGGAGAAUGGGUGGAAUCUCUUGAUCUGUGCCAUUGGUGCCGAGGUGGAGGCACUCAAGCUCGCAAAAGGACUCUUGGUGAAGGGAUUACGAGCCGGCGGCUUGGAAGUACAGGACGGUUCGGACGACGAGAGGGAUGUGGACGGAGACGGGGGCUCGACACCGCAUCUUGGGCGGUCAAUGUCUGGUAGCUCAGGGUUACAACGCUCCGCCAUCCGCUUCAAGUCGUCGUCGUCAUCAUCAUCUGAAUCAGCCGAGGGAAAGAACCUCGUUGGCGUGCACGAUGUCGAGGAUGGGCACAGAACUGAAGAGAGUGACAAUGAGGUGCCUCCUGACUUGCUGGUGUCUUCGUCGACUGCUGGCGCCAGGAACGAAUUGGAUCGUACGUGCAGCAGAGAGAGUACUUUGAGCGAGAAUGAGGUCCCCCCUGAGUUCUUGGCGGAGCAUGUAUGA